AUGGGGCUGGUCAACACGGCCGUAUUUAAUCACUUUCAACCUGCCGCUCUCUCACAAUCUCCCAAUUGUAUUCUAGAAUGGCCAUUUGAACUCCACGUCCACACUGGAAAAGUGGCAAAUGCCGGCACCUCGGCCAGAGUGUACGUCCAACUAUUUGCGUCCUCCGUCGAACACGAUGUUCGGCCCUCUUCAGCUCUCCGUUUGGCCACCGCCGAGAAUGGCCGACGUCCGCCCGAACCGAAUCAGACAACUCAGCGAUUCGGAGGCCAUCUCCAGCCAUCUUCCUCGAAUGUUGGUAAGAUCAGUCUGUAUCUGUUUACACUGAAUACCCAAUUUUGGCGACUCAACUUGUCAACCCAGUGA